AUGAGUAAAGUGGAUCAUUUCAUUGGUUUUGUCAACCGGCCAUAUUUUCACCAGGACGUCGCAUUUGGGAUACGCAAGCUUAAGUUAGAGAGUGGAGAAACGAUCGAGAUGCCAAAUGUCAUUCGAACUGUAACAAGGUCCACAAUGGUUGCGCAAUACCAGCAUUUUUGCGCUGAGCAGUCAUUUGAUCCAUUAAGCAGAUCAACUCUUUUCAGGAUUCUUGAAGUAAGGGAGGCAUCACAAAGGAAGUCACUUAGUGGAUUGGACAACACUGCUGUGGAUGGUUCAAAAGCAUUCCAAACAAUGAUAUUUAUUGCGGAACAACUUGUCAAUGUUGGCGUCGACAAAUCAUGGUCUACAGAUAUUGAAAAUCGGUUAAACGCAGGAAAGCAGUAUUUAAAAACAGACUAUAAAGUACAUUGCCAAGAAAGUAGCUCCCCAUGUGCUGAUCAUUGUCGAUCAUUCAGUCUAAGUGAUCCAUGUGACAAGGAUUUUCAAGAGAAAUGCAAACACUCACAUGUUAUGACUUGCAGCUUUUGUGAUAAUAUUAAAUCCGUCGUUGGGGAUAUAGAAGAGAAGAUAAAACAACAUUCUCAUCCAUUAUUUACCAAAGAACACCAAGAAGAUCUUCUGGACGAUUUUUACGAAGCAAACGAUCAUAUUAAGGCAUGGAAAGCGCAAAUCAUGAGAUCCGCUAAUCAGGAACUUGCAAAGCAAAACGUUCUUCGGGAUUUAGACGAGUCUUCGGUUUUGGCAGUGAUGGACUGGGCCAUGAAAUUUCCACAAAUUAAAUACAGAGAAAAACAGUCAGAGUGGUUUGGAAAGAGAGGCAUGAGCUGGCACGUCAGCAGUGUUGUAUCCAAGACAGAUGAUACUGAAGAAUUAUCCGUUACAUCAUAUGUUCAUCUUUUCGAUCAAACUACACAAGAUUGGUUUGCAGUGGCUUCUAUUCUUGAAAACCUAAUUGAUCACAUAAAGUCUUCAAAACCACUGGUGCGCAAAAUCUUUUUACGAUCUGAUGAGGCAGGUUGUUAUCACAACAAUUUAUUGAUCACAGCCAUACAAGACAUUGCACAUAGAACAGGUGUGGCUGCAUGUUUGCAGGUACGACUUUUCUGAACCGCAACAAUGUAAGGAUAUAUGCGACAGAAUAAUAUGUCCUCUUAAAUCAUCUGUCACAAAGUAUUGCAACGAGGGACACGAUGUCUGUGAUGCCCAACAGAUGCACGUAGCUAGCAAGAAACAUCUUGUACGCGGAACAUCUAUUUCCGUGGCUAAAAUUAGCAAAUCAGCAACUCAUUUAAACGUCAUAAAAAUAAAAAAUGUCAGUUCUUACCACAAUUUCGAGUACGUUGAAAACGGUAUUAAAGUCUGGAAGGCCUAUGGAAUUGGAAAAGGUAAGAAAUUAUCCAAUAAAGAAAUAUACGUAACUCAUCAGGAACCUACAGCGAUAGAAGUCAUUGAACCAUUCAUGGAAAGCACAGAUGGUCGCAAGCUAAAAAUAAAUACAAAUGAUAGCAUGACGGAAGAAGUCCAAGGGUUGUUUGAGUGCAACGAGCCUGGAUGCAACUAUGUUUUUAAUUCUUUCGACCAGUUGGAACUGCAUCGAGAAAUUGGAACGCACAGUCGUUUCAUCAAGAAUGAAAGUGUUUUUGAUACACUUAGGAGAGAGUGGGCAAAGAAGUUUACCACAAUUGAAGACAACAGUUCCACACAAUCUGUUCAACCAUCGUCGAAGUCUCUUAAAAAUGGCAAAACGGAUCUACAAAUGGGAUGGGCAUUGAGCAAACCCAAGACAGGAUCGAUUCGAUUUAGCGAUAAAAUACGGCAGUAUCUUACUUUUCAAUUUGACUGUG